GGGGGGGCGCCGUGGAGGGGGGGCGCAAGGAGGGAUCUGUAGGGGGGAAAGAUAGGCAGAAAUGGAAGCAUGGGGCGAGUCAGGCAGGGAUGGGGAGAGGCAGACAGGGUGCGGGGAAAACGGGACCGUGGAGAGAAGACAAGGACCUGAGAACGGAGAAAGGCAGACAGCGACCGAGGCGGAGGAGGGCGGAGAUGGGGGGUACAGGUAGGGAGCAAGGAGAAUAGCAGACAGGGAUCUGGGGGCAGGGGAGGAGCGGGAGGGGUGCAGACAGGCAGAGGGGCGGGCGGGAGAGCAGGGCCGCCCCCGGCCCCACGUGGCUCGGGGGACACGCGGGUUUAUAAAGCAUUCCCGGCCCGCGCGGGUGCGGGAGGCGGCGGUGGCGGCACCGGCCGGGAGCGGGGCUCGAACCCGCGGCGCUCGGAUGCGCCCGGCGGUUCCAGCGGGGCCACGGCCGCCGGCGGGCCAUGGAGCUGCCUUUGGCUGUGACCAUGGAUGUGCCCGUGGAACUGCCCUCGGUGCUGCCCGCGGCCACUGCCACCCCCUGGGGCAACGGCACCACCUGGGCACCCCUGCCUGGACACGGGGUCAACGACACGGGCCCGCAGCGGGCCAAGAACGCAACAUCCAUCCUGAUCGCCAUCGUCAUCACUGCGCUCUACUCCGUGGUGUGCGUGGUGGGGCUGCUGGGCAACGUCCUGGUCAUGUACGGCAUCGUCAGGUAUACCAAGAUGAAGACAGCCACCAACAUCUACAUCUUCAACCUGGCGCUGGCUGAUGCACUGGCCACCAGCACACUGCCCUUCCAGAGCGCCAAGUACCUCAUGGAGACUUGGCCCUUUGGGGAGCUGCUCUGCAAGGUUGUGCUCUCCAUUGACUACUAUAACAUGUUCACCAGCAUCUUCACCCUCACCAUGAUGAGUGUGGACCGCUACAUUGCUGUGUGCCACCCAGUCAAGGCCCUGGACUUCCGCACGCCAGCCAAAGCCAAGAUCAUCAAUGUCUGCAUCUGGGUGCUCUCCUCCCUUAUCGGGGUGCCCAUCAUGGUCAUGGCGGUCACCAAGUCAAAAGGCAAGUAUGGUAUGGUCCUGUGCACUCUCCAGUUUCCUGACCCUCCCAUCUACUGGGACACUGUGACCAAGAUCUGUGUCUUCAUCUUUGCCUUCCUGGUCCCCAUUUUGGUCAUCACCAUCUGCUAUGGGCUGAUGAUCCUUCGCCUGAAGAGUGUCCGGCUCCUCUCAGGCUCUAAGGAGAAGGAUCGCAACUUGCGGCGCAUCACACGCAUGGUGCUGGUGGUGGUGGCAGCCUUCAUCAUCUGCUGGACACCCAUCCACAUCUUUGUCAUCGUCUGGACGCUGGUGGACAUAGACAAGAAGAACCCCUACGUGGUGGCCAGCCUGCACUUCUGCAUCGCUCUGGGCUACACCAACAGCAGCCUCAACCCUGUCCUUUAUGCUUUCCUGGAUGAAAACUUCAAGAGGUGCUUCCGAGAGUUCUGCUUGCCUUUCCGAGCCCGUGUGGACCAGAACAGCUUCUCCCGUGCCAGGAACACCACGAGGGAGCUCGUCUCCACCUGCACCCCCUCUGAAGCCCGCAACAAGCCAGUAUGACUAGACGUGGGCAGCCCAGAGCAGGGCUGCCAG